UGGUGGAACUCCAUGAGGACAGCGCGGUGUGUUUGGGGGAGACUCUGAAACGGAGACUCAGUCUGAGAUUAAAGAGCUAAAUGAAAGAUGCCCAGUGUGAUGUCUUCUCCUGCACUUUCCUACUCAGCUUAAAUAUGUUUCUGUAAACACAGCAGGACAUUCCACCAAGAGGAAAGUUAAGCUGCUGAAACUGGUGAUAUAUAUAAUAAUAUGGCAUCCAGAAGACGUUCCAGGACUCAGGGGGCAUCAUCUGGUACCCUCCACAUGAACACAUCUAGCAGACAAGCACAGAAGCAAAGCAAGGAGAAAAAUCACUACUGCUUGGAGUGUGGAAAGAGUUUUACUCGACAGAGUACUCUCAAAAUACACCAGUAUAUUCACACAGGAGAGAAACCGUAUCACUGCUCAGAGUGUGGGAAGAGUUUUAAUCAACAGAGUCAUCUCAAAAUACACCAGCGCAUUCACACAGGAGAGAAACCCUAUCACUGCUCAGAGUGUGGGAAGACUUUUACUGAACAGAGUACUCUCAAAAUACACCAGCGCAUUCACACAGGAGAGAAACCGUAUCACUGCUCAGAUUGUGGGAAGAGUUUUAUUCAACAGAGUGCUCUCAAAAGACACCAGCGCAUCCACGCCGGAGAGAAACCGUAUCACUGCUCAGAGUGUGGGAAGAGUUUUACUGAACAGAAUACUCUCAAAAUACACCAGCGCAUUCACACAGGAGUUAAACCCCAUUACUGCUCGGAGUGUGGGAAGAGUUUUACUACACAGACUAAUCUCAAAAAACACCAGCGUAUUCACACAGGAGAGAAACCGUAUCACUGCUCAGAGUGUGGGAAGAGUUUUAAUCAACAGAGUGCUCUCAAAAGACACCAGCGCAUCCACGCCGGAGAGAAACCGUAUCACUGCUCAGAGUGUGGGAAGACUUUUACUGUACAGAGUCAUCUCAAAAUACACCAACAAAUUCACACAGGAGAGAAGCCGUAUCACUGCUCAGAGUGUGGACAGAGUUUCAAACAUUUUAGCACUGCAAGGACCCACAAGUGCACUAAGGGCAGUUUUGGAAAUGGUGACAGCAGCAUGGUUCCAGUGCCACCAGCAAGAGUUACUGGAAGAAAUCACCAAGCUGAUGCAGGCACAUAUGACUACAGACCCUGGGACAGGAGCCCCUACACAGCAACCCAUCUCUCACUCUUCCCCUUCCUGCACCAUGCUUUGGCCUCUAAACUCCUUUCUUGCACUCGAGUGGGACUGGCUGAGCCCACAAGAACUGGGGUGAAGCCUGGGCAGGUGUGUUGGCACUGUGGGGAGCCCUUGCACUUCCAGGACCACAUGGAGGCCGGGACAUUGGCCCAGCCAGAAGUGCGGCAGAUGUGGCAGAGGGGUUUGGGGAACAGCAGCAGUCAAAUCCAGAAACAGCCGGAAGAGCAGCUCUCAGAAGCUUGGCUGCAGAAACAGGUCCAGUUUCUCACUGACAGCAGAGGACUCAUUAGAGCUGCAUCAUCUGGACUGAUCACACCUGUUGCCCUGGGAGACCUGCCAGGGUUGCUUCCAGUCCCAGGUUUUAAUAUGGCAUCAAGAAAAUGUACUCAGCAAACAUCAUCUGGUACUCUUCACAUGAACACAUCUCACAGACAAACACAGAAAUGCAGAAAGGAGAGAAAUCACAACUGCUUGGAGUGUGGAAAGAGCUUUACUGUACCGGCUGCUCUCAAAAUACACCAGCGCAUUCACACAGGAGAGAAACCAUAUCACUGCUCAGAACGUGGACACAGUUUAACUAAACAGAGUAAUCUCAAAGACCACCAGAGGAUUCACACAGGAGUAAAACCAUAUAACUGCUCAGAGUGUGGACAUAGUUUUAGUCAACAGAGUAAUCUUCGACUACACCAGCGCAUUCACACAGGACAGAAACCAUAUCACUGCUCAGAGUGUGGGAAAGGUUUUACUCAAAAGAGUAAUCUCAAAAAGCACCAGCGCCUUCACACAGGAGUAAAACCAUAUUACUGCUCAGAGUGUGGGAAGAGUUUUACUGAACAGUGGAGUCUCAAAACACACCAGCACAUUCACACAGGAGAGAAACCGUAUCACUGCUCAGAGUGUGGGAAGAGUUUUACUGUAAAGAGUCACCUCAAAACACACCAGCGCGUUCACACAGGAGAGAAACCGUAUUACUGCUCAGAGUGUGGGAAGAGUUUUACUGUACAGAGUCAUCUAAAAGAACACCAGCGCAUUCACACAGGAGAGAAGCCUUAUCACUGCUCAGAGUGUGGGAAGAGUUUUACUAAACAGAGUCAUCUCAAAAGACACCAACGCAUUCACACAGGAGAGAGACCAUAUUACUGCUCAGAGUGUGGACAAAGUUUUAGACAGCAGAGUAAUCUCCGACUACACCAGCGCAUUCACACUGGAGAGAAACCGUAUCACUGCUCAGUGUGUGGGAAGGGUUUUACUCAAAAGAGUAAUCUCCAAAAGCACGAGCACAUUCACACAGGAGUAAAACCAUAUUACUGUUCAGAGUGUGGGAAAAGUUUUACUGUACAGUGUCAUCUCAAAAUACACCAGCACAUUCACACAGGAGAGAAACCAUAUCACUGCUCAGAGUGUGGGAAGAGUUUUACUGUAAAGAGUCAUCUCAAAACACACCAGCGCAUUCACACUGGAGAGAAACCGUAUCACUGCUCAGAGUGUUGGAAGAGUUUUAAUAGACAGAGUAAUCUCCAAGAACACCAGCGCAUUCACACAGGAGAGAAGCCGUUUCACUGCUCAGGGUGUGGGAAAAAUUUCAGCAAGAAAAGAGCUUUAAAAGUUCACCAGCACAUUCACACAGGAGAGAAACCGCAUUACUGCUCAGAGUGUGGGAAGAAUUUUACUACACAGGGUAGUCUCCAAAUACACCAGCGCAUCCACACCGGAGAGAAACCGUAUCACUGCUCAGAGUGUGGACAGAGUUUUACUGCACAGAGUCAUCUCAAAACACACCAGCGCGUCCACACAGGAGAGAAACCGUAUCACUGCUCAGAGUGUGGGAAGAGUUUUUCUAAACAGAGUAGUCUCCAAAUACACCAGUGCAUUCACACCGGAGAGAAACCAUAUCACUGCUCAGAGUGUGGGAAGUGUUUUUCUGAACAGAGUAGUCUCAAAAGACACCAGCGCGUCCACACAGGAGAGAAACCGUAUCACUGCUCAGAGUGUGGGACAGAUUUUACUGCUCAGAGUGCUCUCAAAGUACACCAGCGCAUCCACACAGGAGAGAAACCGUAUCACUGCUCAGAGUGUGGAGAGACUUUUACUGUACACAGUGCUCUCAAAACACACCAGCGUAUUCACACAGGAGAGAAACCGUAUCACUGCACAGAGUGUGGACAGAGUUUUACUACACCGAGUAAUCUCAAAGUACACCAGCGCAUCCACACAGGAGAGAAACCGUAUCACUGCUCAGAGUGUGGAAAGACUUUUACUGUAAAGAGUGCUCUCAAAACACACCAGCGCAUCCACACAGGAGAGAAACCGUAUCACUGCUCAGAGUGUGGAAAGACUUUUACUGUAAAGAGUGCUCUCAAAACACACAAGCGCAUUCACACAGGAGAGAAGCCAUAUCAGUGCUCAGAGUGUGGGAAGACUUUUACUGUACCGAGUGCUCUCAAAACACACAAGCGCAUUCACACAGGAGAGAAACCCUAUUACUGCUCAGAGUGUGGAAAGAGUUUUACUGCACAGAGUCAUCUCCAAACACACCAGCGCAUUCACACAGGAGAGAAACCUUAUUACUGCUCAGAGUGUGGGAAGAGUUUUACUAAACAAAGUCAUCUUCAAACACACCAGCACAUUCACACAGGAGAGAAACCUUAUUACUGCUCAGAGUGUGGAAAGAGUUUUACUAAACAAAAUCAUCUCAAAGUACACCAGCGCAUUCACACCGGAGAGAAACCGUAUCACUGCUCAGAGUGUGGGAAGAGUUUUACUGUACAGAGUCAUCUCCAAACACACCAGCGCAUCCACACAGGAGAGAAACCUUAUUACUGCUCAGAGUGUGGCAAGAGUUUUACUAAACAAAAUCAUCUCAAUGUACACCAGCGCAUCCACACCGGAGAGAAACCGUAUCACUGCUCAGAGUGUGGACAGAGUUUUAAUCAACAGAGUCAUUUCAAAACACACAAACGCAUUCACACAGGAGAGAAACCAUAUCAGUGCUCAGAGUGUGGGAAGAGUUUUACUGUACAGAGUGCUCUCAAAACACACAAGCGCGUCCACACAGGAGAGAAACCGUAUCAUUGCUCAGAGUGUGGACAGAGUUUUAAUCAACAGAGUAAUCUCAAAAUACACCAGCGCAUCCACACAGGAGAGAAACCGUAUCACUGCUCAGAGUGUGGGAAGAGUUUUAAUCAACAGAGUAGUCUCAAAAUACACCAGCGCGUACACACAGGAGAGAAACCGUAUCACUGCUCAGAGUGUGGGAAAAGUUUCAAACAUUUUAACACUGUAAAGACCCACAAGUGCACGAAGGGCAGUUUUGGAAAUGGCCAGUAAUGUCCAAUGACUAUAACACAUCACAGCAUUACCAUAGCACAUCUCAAGAGUUAAAGUCUGUAGGAAACAGUGGUUUCAGGCCUCAUUUCAAGCUGUUUAUGCGAAAAAACACCCACUGGGGUUUAUA